GGAGCAAUCACAUGAUUUCCACUUGAAGUAGUGUUUAUCCUUCUCCGGGGCUGCAGUUGGAUACUGUAGCCUUUGUACAAUGUUUGUAAUAUGGCAAGCCAACCACUGAAAGAAAACCGCAUCCCAAACUAACGUUUUUCUUCAUAUUUUGAGGAAUGAGCUGAUGUGUGGUUUUGCUUUGCCCAGCCACAGCCAGCAACUCAAAUUUCAUCACAAGACAGGCUUUGUGUAUUUUGCUCUUUCCUCCUGAGUCCUGCACAAGUCACGAGUUCAUGACGAAGGGAGUAACAAACUGAAGAUAGACCAAGUCAAACUAACCUUUACCACUGCUUUGUAACAUGGUAUAAUUGAACUUGCUUUCUUGUGAUUGUUAGGUCGGGGAAAUGCUUUCAUUUGAGGAAGUAAAGUCUUCUUUAGAACAUGCAGGACAGUCUCAUAUUCUGCAAUUUUGGCCCGAACUUUCUGGGGAUGACAAAAGCACAUUUCUGGUCGAGUUGUCUCAGUUGGACUUGCAUGAAUUGCGCGAGCACUGUGAACUGGCCGCGGAGUCUGCUAAAGCUGGUCAUUCCGCAACAGCCGCUGACCAGGAAAUUGAGCCAGUAUCUUCAGAAUUCAUCGGGAGCAUUCGGAAGAGUGAUCAAACCGCUUUAACUGGCUGGGAAAAUGAAGGGUUUUUGCAAAUCUCCCAGAACAGAGUGGCUGUGCUGCUGUUGGCUGGUGGCCAGGGGACCCGUCUUGGGGUUCCAUACCCCAAAGGGAUGUACAAUGUGGGUCUCCCGAGCAGCAAAACUCUGUAUCAAAUCCAGGCAGAGCGCAUCCGCAAAAUACAGGAGCUGGCGAAUGCAAAGCAUGGAUCAAAGUGCACAGUAGCAUGGUACAUCAUGACCAGUGAGUUUACCCUGGAUCCCACCAAGAAGUUCUUCCAGGAGAAUAAGUACUUUGGUCUGGAUCCGUCUGACGUGGUCAUGUUCGAGCAAAGGAUGAUCCCUGCUGUGACCUUUGAUGGAAAGGUCAUCCUACAGGACAAAGGGAAGAUAGCUAUGGCCCCAGAUGGAAACGGUGGCCUGUACCGAGCUCUGGUGGAUAACAAGGUCCUUGAGGACAUGGAGAAGAGGGGUGUGGAGUACCUCCACAUCUACUGUGUUGACAACAUCCUGGUCAAAAUGGCCGACCCCAUCUUCAUUGGUUUCUGCGUGAGUAAAGGAGCAGACUGCGGUGCCAAGGUGGUUGAGAAGACGUACCCAGCAGAGCCAGUGGGCGUAGUCUGCAAGGUAAAGGGAGUGUACCAGGUGGUGGAGUACAGCGAGCUCCGCCCAGAGACGGCCGAGCAGCGAGACCCAGGAGGAGAGCUGGUGUACAGCGCAGGAAACAUCUGCAACCACUUCUUCACACGGACCUUCCUCAACGAAGUGGCACAGAAGUUUCAGGGCCAGCUGAAGCAGCACGUGGCACUUAAGAAAGUCCCUUUUGUGGACAGAGAAGGAAACCUGGUGAAACCCACCAAGCCCAAUGGGAUCAAAAUGGAGAAGUUUGUUUUUGAUGUCUUUCAGUUUUCAAGGAAAUUUGUGGCAUUUGAGGUUCUGAGAGAGGAAGAAUUCUCACCAUUGAAAAAUGCUGAUGGGGCACCUCUGGACACUCCUACCACAGCCAGACGAUCCUUACUGGCACAGCACUACCGCUGGGCGAUGGCUGCAGGAGCCAGCUUCCUGGAUGCCCAAGGGAAGGCCCUAACUCCUAGACCCAGGGAUGAAGACCCACCAGCUGUCUGUGAGAUCUCCCCGCUGGUGUCUUUCUUCGGAGAGGGUUUGGAGCAGCUGCUGGGACAGAAGGCCCUGACGACCCCCUUCCUUCUGGAUGAGGACAGGGCAAAGGAACUCCUCCAGGCCCAGUAGCUCUACAGUACACUGUUCCCAUCAGAUGGGCUUACCUCUUGAGCAGUUGGGCCUGUUGAUAUGAGGUGCUCAUUCCUUGGCCGAAUUUCAAAAUGGAGCCCUUUGUUGCCCCUAAUGGCAUGUUUCUCAUAACCAGGGUUGGAUAGAUUACUUUCUAAAUGUAAUCCGUUACUAGUUACCUGUCCAAAAUUGUAAAUCCGUAACGUAACUUUUGGAUUAUCC